GAGCCUCAUGUACUCUUUGUGCUGAGUGGUGUCAUCAGGAUGGUCAGGCCAGCGUCGUGCAAGAAUGUUUUCUUUGUUUUCAUCCAUGUGUUGGUCGUCGCUGGCUUCACAGGGUGUGACUCAGACAUGUCAGAAUGUGGCAGAGUGAUUGAAGGGCACGAUUAUCAAGACUAUUGGCCUUGGCACGCCGUUAUUACCCAUGAUGGAGGCCGCCAGUGCUCAGGGUCCCUAAUUUCCAGUGACUUAGUGCUGACAAAUUCCGACUGUGGAUUUGAUGCCGAAUUCACCACAACUGUGUCUCUGGGACGCAGGAACACGAGUGACUUCGUGGAAUUUUGGACAGUUCAAUCAAGACUUUGCUAUGAUUCUACCGGGGUGGAGAGUGGUUUUGAGAAUGCACUUGCAUGUGUUCUAACUCUGUCAGUGCCUGUGAAUUUUACGGACUCCAUAUAUCCAGUCUGCUUAGCAGCACCAGACAGCACUCUCCGCACCGGGAUGGAAAGCUGGGUCCCAAGCGGUUCACCUUCUGGAGGCAAUGUGGAAGUACAGGUAGUUGGAAACAAUGAGUGCAGGAGCUCAAUUCCUGGACUUACAGAGCAUGAGAUAUGUGCUGGACCAAUACAGAGCAUGGGAUCGGAUGAACUACUGGAUGAAUGUCAGGAUGGUUCAGGAGGGGCACUGGUGACCCGUAUGAAUUCUACUUGGAUCCAAAUUGGCAUUGCGUCAUCUAGUCAAAGCUGCCCCCGACAUAAAACUCAUAACCUCUACAACCCUGUGUCCAGAGUCACACUGUUUGCGCACAAUUAUGUAGGGCAAGGUAAACACGAGUGGCUUUAGAUGACACGCUCCAAUCAUGUCCUUCCUUGAACAUAAAAUUAAAUGUAUUUAGUACAAAACUUACAUUGGGAAAUCCCAUCUGUUUAUUUAGUAAAAACAAUGAAGACAAACAAAUGUACCAUCCGUCCUUUUGCCACAGUCAAAAAACUUUUGCCUCCUAGUGCGCAACAUCUGUGCUAAUUAGUGCUUUGGUGCACUUUCACUUUUACUUUGCUACAUUAAAAAGAAAAAAUGAUACUUUUACUCUGCUACAUUUAUAUUGUCACCGUUGUUACACGUUACAAAAUAAAAUGUGAACAUAAUUGUCUCAUGAUGUAUGGAUUAUUGGGACUGUGCGUGUUCUCACGUGAAUAACUGGCGCUCUCAAAUUAAGCUGAGGCUCAUCUCAGCGAGACCACACAUGGCCUGCGAAUAUUCGACAGUCAACAGCAUGAUGGAAGCAGCCUCAUCCACUGGUGAUAGUGGAGAUACUGACAAACCACCACCUGAGGGCCACCCCUGGCCACCUCCUGAAAACUGA